AUUCGUUGAACAGCAUUUUUUUUUAACUGAGUUUGAAAAACAAUUAAACAGUAUAUCUAAUUAAAGACAAACGGAACGUUAUGCAGACAUUAUUUUUGACAAGCGAUUUGUUACUUGCAUAACCUAUAACCGACUUUCCAUUAAAAUGUAUUUUUAAUGUUAUUCUUCAGAACUUUUUAUUAUUAUUAUUACUAAUUGUAUUAUUAUAAUAUAUAUAUAUAUAUAUGUUUCUUGUAAUUAUAUUUUCUAUAUAUACAUAUAUAUUAUUAUAAUAUGUGUCAGUGUCUUUAAACGGAUACAGCGUAUUGUUUUUUUUUUUUGUUUUUUUUUUUGUUUUUUGUUUUUCAUAAUACAUGACAGCGCUGCGGAGUUGUCACACGGUUGAAUCGAGCUCCUAUUGAAGACAGAAGGUGCUGGCAAAAGUUAACUGGCCCGAACAACAAACUAACAGCUAACUAAGAUGUCUGCCUCUCUCCAGCUGCCAGACUCGCUCCCCACCAGCCCUUUGGAAAUGGAGUAUGUGAACGACUUCGACCUGAUGAAGUUCGACGUGAAGCGUGAGCCGCCCUCGGAGAGCCUCCCCCCGAACCCCCGGGGGUGCACGGCCCCUAGGCUCCCCAGCGUGGUGGUGGGGGGGUCCCUGAACUCCACCCCCUGCAGCUCCGUGCCCCCCUCCCCCACCUUCAGCGACCUGAGCGGGUCAGGGGCGUCCUGCUCUGCCAGUCUGGGGUCGGAGUCGCGCAGCUCGCUGGAGGAGCUGUACUGGAUGGCCACGCUGCAGCAGCAGCUGGGCUCGGACUCGCUGGGACUGAGCCCCGAGGACGCAGUCGAGGCUCUCAUCAACUCAGCAGCAGCGGCAGCUGUGACGGGCGUGACGCAGCUCCAGAGCCUGGACGCCUUCCGAGCGGGGCCCGGGGCCCAUCCGCAGCAAGGUCACCCCGCCCAGCUCCCACACCAUCACCACCCCGGCCUGCAGAUCACACAUCCCGCCACGGGGGGCAGCAUGGGGCCCCCAGGGUACCUGGGAGUGGCCGGGACUUCUCCGGUGUCGGCGGAGGAGCUGGUUAGUCAGGCGCAUCACCACCUCACACAUCACCAUCACAACCAACAGGUGGCAGCACAGUUGUGUCUGGAGGAGCGUUUCUCAGAUGACCAGCUGGUGAGCAUGUCUGUGCGCGAGCUGAACCGUCACCUGCGUGGCUUCAGCAAGGAAGAGAUCGUGAGGCUGAAGCAGAAGAGACGCACACUGAAGAACCGCGGCUACGCGCAGUCCUGCCGCUUCAAGAGAGUGCAGCAGAAACACGUACUGGAGUCAGAGAAGAGCCACCUGGCACAGCAGCUGGAUCAGUUGCAGUGUGAGCUUGCUCGAGUGUUGAGGGAGAGAGAUGCGUACAAAGCCCGCUACGAGAAGCUUGUCUCGAGCAGCUUCUCCCAGAACACCGAGGCUACUCCGGGGGGGCAAGGCAACCCUGACCCCACCUCCCCACGGGACUACUUCCUGUGAGGAAUCAACUCCCCUCCCCCCUCCAAAAUCACCUGAACUGUCUCCCAAAAUAACAUGACAAAAUCACUUAACAAGAAGAGGCUCUGGGAUCACCUCGCAACCUGCCUACCUCUCUACCUGGAAGAAAUCCACAGAAAUCACAUGUAUAAUCACCAGAAAAAUCACCUUGAAUCAGCUGAAAAAUUACAUUAAGUCACCUUUAAAAUCAUCUGAAAUCACAUGAACAAUCUGAAAAAUAAUAAUAAUAAAAAUGUUAAUCACUUUGAACCACCUCUCUGUAGGGCUACUUUUUAUGAACAGUGGAAUAUCAAUCAUCGAAAUCACCUGAAAAAUCAUCCUAAUUCAUCAACUAAAAAUCACACAGACCUACCUCACCACAGGACUGUUCUUGUGAGGGAGUGACAGAGAGAGAAGACAAAUACAACCAAAAAAAGAAAAUCACCAUACAAAUAAUCAGAAAUCACCAAAAUCUUAAAUCUUAAAAAAAAAAGUUAACCAAAGAUUACCAGAAAUCAGUUGGAUAUAGGUGAAUAACUAAAAAACUCAAAUCAACCAAUAUAUAUAUAUAUAUAUAUAUAUAUAUAUAUAUAUAUAUAUAUAUAUAUAUAUAUAUAUACAGAUGUGCUCAAAUUUGUUGGUACCCCUCCACAAAAAACGAAGAAUGCACAAUUUUCUCUGAAAUAACUUGAAACUGACAAAAGUAAUUGGCAUCCACCAUUGUUUAUUCCAUAUUUAAUAGAAAUCAGACUUUGCUUUUGAUUUUUUAUUCAACAUAAUAUUGUAAAUAAGAAAACAAAUGAAAAUGGCAUGGACAACAAUGAUGGGACCGCUAACUUAAUAUUUUGUUGCACAACCUUUAGAGGCAAUCACUGCAAUCAAACGUUUUCUGUAGCUCUCAAUGAGACUUCUGCACCUGUUAACAGGUAGUUUGGCCAACUCUUCCUGAGCAAACUGCUCCAGCUGUCUCAGGUUUGAUGGGUGCCUUCUCCAGACUGCAAGUUUCAGCUCUCUCCAUAGAUGUUCGAUAGGAUUCAGAUCAGGACUCAUAGAAGGCCACUUCAGAAUAGUCCAAUGUUUUGUUCUUAUCCAUUCUUGGGUGCUUUUAGCUGUGUGUUUUGGGUCAUUAUCCUGUUGGAGGACCCAUGACCUGCGACUGAGACAGAGCUUUCUGACACUGGGCGGUACGUUUCGCACCAGAAUGCCUUGAUAGUCUUGAGAUUUCAUUGUGCCCUGCACAGAUUCAAGGCACCCUGUGCCAGGCACAGCAAAGCAGCCCCAAAACAUAACCGAGCCUCCUCCAUGUUUCACUGUAGGUAUGGUGUUCUUUUCUUUGAAAGCUUCAUUUUUUCGUCUGUGAACAUAGAGCUGAUGUGACUUGCCAAAAAGCUCCAGUUUUGACUCAUCUGUCCAAAGGACAUUCUCCCAGAAGGAUUGUGGCUUGUCAAUAUGCAUUUGAGCAAAUUCCAGUCUGGCUUUUUUAUGUUUUUCUUUCAAAAGUAGAGUCCUCCUGGGUCUUCUUCCAUGGAGCCCACUUUCGCUCAAAAAGCGACGGAUGGUGCGAUCAGAAACUGACGUACCUUCACCUUGGAGUUCAGCUUGUAUCUCUUUGGCAGUUAUCCUUGGUUCUUUUUCUACCAUUCGCACUAUCCUUCUGUUCAAUCUGGAGUCGAUUUUCCUCUUGCGGCCACGCCCAGGGAGGUUGGCUACAGUUCAAUGGGCCUUAAACUUCUUAAUAAUAUUUGCAACUGUUGUCACAGGAACAUCAAGCUGCUUGGAGAUGGUCUUGUAGCCUUUAACUUUACCAUGCUUGUCUAUUAUUUUCUUUCUGAUCUCCUCAGACAGCUCUCUCCUUUGCUUUCUCUGGUCCAUGUUCAGUGUGGUGCACACAAUGAUACCAAACAGCACAGUGACUACUUUUCUCCAUUUAAAUAGGCUGAAUGACUGAUUACAAGAUUGGAGACAUGUGUGAUACUAAUUAAAGAAACUAAUUAGUUUGAAAUAUCACUAUAAUCCAAUUCUUUAUUAUCUUUUCUAAGGGGUACCAACAAAUGUGUCCAGGCCAUUUUAUAAUAUCUUUGUAGAAUAAGCAAUAAUUCACCUCUUUUCACAGCUUCUUUGCUUUAUUCUAUGACAUACCAAAGGCAUGCAAGUAUACAUGAUAAAAUAGCUUUUAAUUUCAUCACUUUUCAGGAGGAAUGAAGCAUUAUUUCAAUAAGCUGUAAGGGUACCAACAAAUUUGAGCAUGUCUGUAUAUAUAUAUAUAUAUAUAUAUAUAUAUAUAUAUAUAUAUAUAUAUAUAUUAAAAAUGAAUCAAAGAUCCCAAAAUCUACGAAAUCACCUCCAUCCCUAGAAAGACUUUAGAGUUUGUUGGACUACCCACUGUUCCACUGGACUCCCAUUCAAAGGACGACGCAAACUGGAUGAAACUGGUUUGUAUGGACAAAAACUAAACUCUGACAUCAGAAUCGUGACUUAUAAAAAAUAGACAAUAAAACAAUUCCAAGCACUGGUUAAAACCCCAAAUUCAACCCCCAUCCUUAUCCCUAAAUAUAACCAAAAGAUGCCCCCUGCGUGCCGGACAUGCAAGGAAAUAACCUCUGCAGCAAAAAGAAAGAAAGAAAGAAAGAAAGAAAGAAAGAACCGAUACAAAUAUCAAAGGAAUCUGAUUUUCUGACAGCUGUCAGUCUCUUAAAUAAAGGGUUUUGAAGAAGCUUAUAGUUUAAAGUUUUAUAUCAUCAUCAUUAUUAUUAUUAUUAUUAUUAUUAUUAUUAUUAUUAUUAUUAUUAUUGUUACUACCAACAUUUCGUUCAGUUUGCAAUUAUGUAAAGUUUGUAGUCAGCAAAUCCGAACUAGCCUCCUAAUAGUUGUGACGCUGCCCUUAUAAACGUUUCCCAUAGUAAAAGCACUUCAAAGUGUAAUAAAGCACAGUGAAAGCAUGGUAACGCAUAGGGAAGCAUUGUAAAGCACUGAGAGGUGUGGUAAAGCACAUUAAUAAACAUGGCAAAAGCAUGGGGGAAAAAUACCAUGGUGAACUUUUAUAAUACCAUGCAAAAAUACUGUGGUGAACUUUUCUAAGGGUGGUUCAAGCACAGUAAUAAUCCCAUAUGAUGCUGUUGAACACUUUAAAACUAUGAAUUGUAAAUCAAUGAAGCUGCUUCUGCUAUAUUCAUCAAUAGAGCCCAUUUUGUUCCUAUGGAAGGCAAUGUAAAGUCAAAAUGAAAGGCAGAACAAAUAGGCAGUACUGUACAGAAUUAAAUAAGUAGCACUCAUGGUACUGGGUUACCAAUUCUUAUUUUGUUUUUCAGUACAUCUUUACAUUUGUUUAAAAGUUAAGGUCAUAGCAAUAUCUUCUAAAGGCCAGUUCCACACAAGGGCUUUUUACACCAUCAAUCUGAGACUAAAGGUAAUGAAACAAAUUUAACAGUUAGUCUUCUACACCGGUGUGAACUUCCCUUCUUUAUUAUGGGAAACAACUGCAUUGUGAGAAAAAAGUUUCCCAUGGUAAAAGCAUAGCAAAAUAUAAUAAAGCACAGUGAAAUAAUGGUAAAGCAUAGGUAAGCACUGUAAAGCACAGAGAGGUCUGGUAAAGCAUAGGGAAGCAUUGUAAAGCACAUAGAGGUCUGGUAUUGCAUAUUAAAAAACAAACCACGGUAAACUAACCCUUAUAAUAGUUCCCCAUAGUAAAAGCACAUCAAAGUGUAAUAAAGCCAGUGAAAGCUAAAGCAUAGGUAAACAUAGUACAGCACAGAGAGGUAAAGUAAAGUAUUUUAAUAAACAUGGCAAACCAUGGUAAACUAUGGGAAAUGCAUUGUAUAGCCAUGGGGAAAAGCAUGGGGGAAAACUGCAAAAUUACCAUGCACUUUUUUUAUUUAUUUAUCUAUUUACAUUUAUAUAGCGCCUUUUAUCAUAGUAACCUCAAGGCGCUUAUAUCGUGGUGAAUUUGUAUAAGGGUAAGACCACUUUCUCUGGCCUGGCAUUAAUACCAAGCUUUUAAUACAGAUUUAUUGUCAUCAUAAGUGCUUAUUAGAAGUCAUUUUUAGACUUGCUUAUUUAUUACAAAAAAAAGUGGGGAAAAAAAUAUAUAUUGCAACUAAAUUGAUUAAAUGUAUUAUUUUCUCAGGUUUUAAAAUGUGUUAAUAAAAUUAUUUUAAAAACCUAUAUGACAAUAGGGUAUUAAAACAACUAUUUCAAAUA